AUGAGGACAUUACUCAAUAGAGUACUAAUUGGUCUGACAAUCAUCCUCACAUGUGUGACGGCUCAGACAGUCCCGGGUUAUACUUGCUCUGAAGGGAAUCCAUGCACGUUAGCCUGCUGCUCUCCGUAUGGAUUUUGUGGUUACGGACCUGACUUUUGUUCCCCCCAAUCGAAUUGCAUCGCAGCAUUGAGCCAAGAUCAAACAUGCAACUUGACAUCGCCGUGCGAUCCUGGCACAUACCCAGGCUGGACCAACACUACUUGGGGCCCGACAUAUGCUUCUGCAGAAACCUGUCCGCUGAAUGUGUGCUGCAGUCCCUUUGGGUUCUGUGGAACAACUCCAGAUUUCUGCGGGAACACGACAGUACCGCAGCCUUCUAGCAACGAAACUGCAUCCUCACUUUCUCGGACUAUAGGAUACUACGAGGGAUGGAGUAUUACGAGACCUUGUGAUCUUGACCUUUACACUCACCUACUCUACUCGUUUUUGGCAAUAGACCCCGUAACAUUCGAAGUUGUUCCAGCGACGCUUGAAGAAUUAACACUAUUUCCGGAGUUCACGGCGCUGAAGAAUAAGAAAGCGGGACUGGAAAUCUGGCUGUCCAUUGGAGGAUGGGCUUUCAACGAUUGGCCGGGUCCAACAGCCUUUACAUUUUCCGAAUUGGCUGCCUCGACCUCCGCUCAGUCGGCUUUCUUUGCGUCUCUCCUAUCUUUCAUGUCUCAAUAUGGAUUUGAUGGAGUUGAUAUCGACUGGGAAUACCCAGUGACCCCAGAUCGUAACGGGAGCGUUGCCGACUUCACGAACUAUGUUUCUUUUAUGCAAAAUUUGAGAGAAGCUAUGGAUGCAUAUUCUCCCAACUCUAGAUAUGGGUUAUCCAUGACCCUUCCCAGCAGCUACUGGUAUAUGCAGAACUUUGAUAUUAUAAACUUUGCGAAAAUCAUUGAUUGGUUCAACGUUAUGACUUAUGAUCUACAUGGAACUUGGGAUGCUUUUGAUCCUUACAUUGGAAAUAUUAUGUUGGCACAUACAAAUCUCACGGAGAUUAUCCAGACUAUGGACUUACUGUGGAGAAAUAACAUCGAUCCGGCCCAGGUAUCUAUGGGAUAUGGAUUUUAUGGCAGAAGUUUCACAGCAUCAGAUCCCAAUUGUUUAGAAGCAGGCUGUCAAUUCUCUAGCGGGGCCAAUGCUGGGCCAUGCACACAGUCUCCUGGGAUAUUGUCUUUUCUGGAGAUCGAAGCGAUUCUUAAUGACCCCACUCGCAAUCCUAUCAUAACAUUGGACCCUAUCGCGGCUGUCCAAAUAGUCACUUGGGAUUCGGAUCAAUGGGUGAGCUUCGACAAUCAAGAGACCAUACAAAUGAAACAGGCUUAUGCUGAUAGCCGAGGCAUUGGAGGGCGAGUCACCAAUGAUUAA